UGUUUUACAUCUAAAGGAAGCCUUAUGUAUCACAAAAAGACCCACACAUGGGAGAAACCUUUCACAUGUAAUGAGUGUGGAAAAUGUUUUACACAUAAGACUAGUCUGAAAAUUCAUGAAAGGAGUCACACAGGAAAAAAACCCUUGAAAUGUACAGAGUGUGGAAAAGGAUUUACAAAAAAAAGUAAUAUGAAAACUCAUAAAAGGAUUCACACAGGAGAAAAUCCUUUCAAAUGUACAGAGUGUGGAAAAAGUUUUACACGAAUGGAUCAUCUGAAAUAUCAUGCAAGGAGUCACACAGGAGAAAAGCCUUUUACAUGUACAGAGUGUGGAAAAAGUUUUACAGAAAAGAGUAGUCUGAAAACGCAUGAAAGGAUUCACACAGGAGAAAAGCCUUUCACAUGUACAGAGUGUGGAAAAAGUUUUACAGAAAAGAGUAGUCUGAAAAUUCAUGAAAUGAUUCACACAGGAGAAAAGCCUUUUACAUGUACAGAGUGUGGAAAAAGUUUUACACUAAAGAGUUUACUUAAAACUCAUGAAAUGAUUCACACAGGAGAAAAGCCUUUCACAUGUACAGAGUGUGGAAAAAGUUUUACACAAAAGAGUUUACUUAAAACUCAUGAAAUGAUUCACACAGGAGAAAAGCCUUUCACAUGUACAGAGUGUGGGAAAUGUUUUACAAAAAAGAGUCUUCUGCAAAAACAUGAAAGGAUUCACACAGGAGAAAAGCCUUUCACAUGUACAGAGUGUGGAAAAGGUUUUACAGCAAAGAGUAAUUUGAAAACUCAUGAAUGGAUUCACACAGGAGAAAAGCCUUUCACAUGUACAGAGUGUGGGAAGGGCUUUAGAUGGAAGUCUCAUCUACUAGAACACCAGAAGAUUCACACAGGAGAAAAGCCUUUCACAUGUACAGAGUGUGGAAAAGGAUUUACAAAUAAGGGUAAUCUGAAAACUCAUGAAAGGAUUCACACAGGAGAAAAGCCUUUUACAUGUACAGAGUGUGGAAAAGGAUUUACAGAUAAGGGAUUUACAAAUAAGGGUAAUCUGAAAACUCAUGAAAGGAUUCACACAGGAGAAAAGCCUUUUACAUGUACAGAGUGUGGAAAAGGAUUUACAGAUAAGGGUCAUCUGAAAACUCAUGAAAGGAUUCACACAGGAGAAUGGCCUAUCACAUGUACAGAGUGUGGAAAAGGAUUUACAAAUAAGGGUCAUCUAAAAACUCAUGAAAGGAUUCACACAGGAGAAAAGCCUUUUACAUGUACAGAGUGUGGAAAAGGAUUUACAGAUAAGGGUCAUCUGAAAACUCAUGAAAGGAUUCACACAGGAGAAAAGCCUUUCACAUGUACAGAGUGUGGAAAAAGUUUUACACAUAAGAGUGGUCUGAAAACUCAUGAAAGGAUUCACACAGGAGAAAAUCCUUUCAUAUGUACAGAUUGUGGAAAAGGUUUUACACAAAUAAGAAAUCUGAAAACUCAUGAAAGGAUUCCACAGGAGAAAAGCCUUUCACAUGUACAGAGUGUGGAAAAGGAUUUACAGAUAAGGGUUAUCUGAAA